AUGUCUCGGUUCAUUGGAGGAUUAAACCAGGAGAUCCAAGAUGUGGUGGAGAUGCAAAACUGUGUGGGCUUAGAGUCUAUGCUCCACAAGGCCGUCCUUGCUGAGCAACAGCUCAAGAGAAAGGCACCCUCGCGCUAUGGAGCUGAUCAGCGCAGGCCGAUGUAUCCAAGAGACUCCAAACCGGCGUUCUCACCUAAGUCUGAGCCAAGAGGAGCCUCUUACAGUCAAGACAAGGACAAGAGCAAAACCAGCUCCACUCCUGGCCCUAGAGCUCGCGAGCUUAAGUGCUUCAAGUGUCAAGGCUUUGGACACUAUGCUUAUGAAUGCCGCAACAAGAAGAUGAUGAUCAUAAGAGACAAUGGAGAAGUUGAAUCUGAAGAGGAGAUCAUUGUCUAUAAGCCAGAGCAGGAGCCGGAACAAGAAGAGUAUGAGGCCGUUCCUGUCAUGGGAAAGCUCUUGGUGGCCAGAAGGAUCUUAAGCGCUCAAGUCCAAACCCCAAAGGAAGCCCAGAGAGAGAAUCUCUUCCAUUUACGCUGUCUUGUCCAGGAGAAGGUGUGCAGUCUCAUUAUUGAUGGAGGCAGCUGUACUAAUGUGGCUAGUGAGGCCAUGGUUGAAAAACUUGGUCUUGUGACUCAGAAACAUCCCAAGCCAUAUCAGUUACAAUGGAUCAAUGAGACUGGAGAUAUGAGCGUGAAGGAACAGGUGCUUGUGCCAUUAUCCAUUGGAAGCUAUGAAGAUGAGAUUUUGUGUGAUGUCCUGCCUAUGGAUGCUGGACACAUCAUUUUGGGAAGGCCUUGGCAAUCUGAUAGGCGAGUGAUGCAUGAUGGUUUCACAAACAAGUAUACUUUCCUGCACAAGGGGCGCAAGACCACUCUUAUUCCCUUAACCCCUCAAGAGGUGUAUGAAGAUCAAGUCCAGCUGUGCAGUCAGAGAACCAAACCUCAAGCCAAGAAGGAGCCACCCAAUCCAAUCAAGUCCUUGAACUAUCUGGUCAAGUCCAAACAGGUUAAAAGUUCUAUGUCUUCUCAUAAGCCUUUUCUCUUAUUUAUGUUUAAAGGAUCACUUAACCUUCUUGUUGAUAAUGCACCGGAGAUUCCGAGUGAGAUGUCUAAGCUUUUACAGGAUUUUCAAGAUGUGUUUCCAGAUGAUUGCCCAAAAGGAUUGCCACCAGUCAGAGGCAUUGAGCAUCAAAUAGAUUUUGUUCCUGGAUCCACACUUCCAAACCGACCAGCAUACAGAACCAAUCCUGUUGAAACCAAGGAACUCCAGCGCCAAAUUGAUGAGCUUAUGGACAAGGGUCACAUCCGGGAAAGCAUGAGCCCUUGUGCUGUUCCUGUUCUUCUUGGGCCCAAGAAAGAUGGGAGUUGGCGCAUGUGUGUGGAUUGCAGACCCAUCAACAAUAUCACUGUAAAUUAUCGACAUCCUAUCCCUAGACUUGAUGAUAUGCUUGAUGAGUUGCAUGGUUCUAGCAUUUUCUCUAAGAUUGAUUUAAAAAGUGGUUAUCAUCAGAUUAGGAUGAAAGAAGGUGAUGAGUGGAAAACUGCAUUUAAAACUAAACAUGGUUUAUAUGAAUGGCUUGUCAUGCCAUUUGGUCUCACUAAUGCACGUGAUGAUAGGAUUUGUGUGUGGAUGUGA